AUGAACAUCAAGCAAUAUGCUCCAGAAAUAUGGUUUUAUUAUCAAAAACAGUCGGGCUCCCAUUCAAAAGCCCAACCCUUCUCACCACAGUUCUCUAACAGUGAAUUAUCAAGUAAAUCGUGCGGAAACAGACAAAACAAACAAAAUAGGAAAGACGACCCACCAUUAACCGAUACGAAGUCAAAUGGCUUUUUCGUUUCCCGACUAAAACAACCAAAUAUUGCUCCAACACUUCCAGUACUCUCUCCACAUUCACCAAUGAAUGCAAAUAUAUAUCUAAAUAGCCAGCAUACCCAACUUUCGGGCCGGUAUUUAAAUAACAAGGUAUCCCAGCAAGUCGAUACCGAUAGUAUAAAAAGAGUGGCGGCUAACAGAUCUCUUAAGGACAGUCAAAACGUCUUAUCCAUUUCAUCAACUAUACUAUGCAACUGUGAGAAAGCCCACAAAUCCAAUGGUUCGGACUCGGAAACAAACGAAGAAAUCAAAAUCAAAAUGAGUUCAGAUACUGGCAGCAAACUGGCAGCUACAAGUAAAUUCAAAGACCCCAACCUAUCUAUAAAACCGGAAAGCAGCGCUCCAGAUAAUUCAACAAAGGCGUGCUUGCAAGUGAAGAGUGGAAAGGAUAAAAGAGCCUUGUCUCCGAGACUGACAUUGCAUAAGAGUGGCUUUCAGCAAGCCAUCAUCAUUUCCGACGAAAGCGAAGUUACGAAAUCGCCGCGACCAACUUCCAAGAAAGCGGGACAGCUCUCCAGUAAUUCAGACAAUCAAUUUUAUCGACAGCUUACGCAUAAAAUUAGCAAAUCGGAGCAAACUUCCCCCAACAACAUAGAGAUAGACAAGGCCAACUUUCUUUAUGAUACGAACAACAGGAGCACGGGAUGUUUGGUGUACCCCUCGGAUCCUUGGAUCAAGAAUUCGCACAUCAAAAACAGCUUGUCCCCCAAAGCUGAAAAGUAUUUAAACAUGCAUCACAACAUAGAUCCCUGGGUGAAGCGACAAACUGAUGUGAGUGUGGAAGGGUCUCGGCCUCCCAAGAAAAAUAUCUACCGCGAAAAAUCCCUUUCUUCCAUUAACAAUAAACUAAUUUCGGCCAGAACUGAGAAGGCAAAGUGUGCGAAGCCGCAGUUGAAGCAUUCAAAAACCGAGCUGGAGGAUGAUCAAGUAUUCUUAAACGAGCCAGGACUGCUCUUUGCCCCAUUUUCACCGCAGUAUCGCAACACAUCGCAUAAGAUUUGGUCGCUCGAUCAGGCGUCUAGCGAUCUUAAGGGAAAUAUUCAGAGCAAAUCCGCCAGUUUUUUACCCGACAAAGUAAAGGAGAUUACCAGUCCAUUGCCGAACCACGUUAGAAAAUCUGUAUAUCAAAAUAAUAGUAACUUGCUUUGUCCAAACGAUCAAGCGAGAUCACUGCUCCAAGUAGAAAAAUUGCACUCUAGACAUAGCUCUUUAUCGAUUCCCGCUCAGUCCAAGGAGGAGCUGCCUCUGAACAUCCGUCGACUGUCUGAGCAGAUCCGUGAACCGCCUUUGGAGAAGAACAUUUCACUGUCUCUCAGCGAUCGCAACGUUAGUAAAAUUCCGACUUCUGAUGCCGUGGGCGAGACUCAUUCGGCUGGCAAUCACAAGAAACAAGAUAAACUGCAUGUGAGUAGAGAUGCCGCGGUGCAGAGCGGAAGCCACCCCGAAGACUUUGUCUCCCUGAAACGAGUCCCCAAAGAUUCCACAACUGUUAAUAAUGUAAACCCCUUUACGAGUACUUAUAAGCCUGAUCCACUUCUAGAAACCACCUGUUAAGCCCAUUCGCUAGGAAGCCGAAAGCCGAUAUUAAAGUGUCUCUGCAUAGCUCAUUCAUAGGUCAUGAACAUAUACGAAAUAUAAAACCACAACAAACAUAUAUGUCUUAUAUAUCAAUCGAAUCUAAAUAUGAAUAAUAAAUCAAGUAAUAAAACUAUUUUUAGUAGUACUUUAAGUUUGAAAUUUUUACAGUGAUUUUGCAUUUAUAUUAAGUAACACGAUAAUGCCCUGCCAACCAUGGGGCUAAGUUCUAGGCUUAACUACAUUCGCAAGCAUAUAUAUGUGUGUAAUAGUGUAUUCUUUCCUCAUUUUAUUGUCAUUUUACAUAUUUGUUGUAAUACAUUUUAUAGUAAUAAAAUCUUUAUAAAGAAUCUAA